AUGGCUGAAAAUAUCCUGAGGGAGGAAGGUCUUCCUGCUACAACACCAAGAUACCAAUUUCAAGGUAAAAUAGAUUGUCUUAGGUGCUUUGAACUUGAGUUAGGGCGUUAUUAUAGGGACGGCCAGCCUAGUGACUAUCGCUAUGUUAUAUUUGAUCACGUGGAUGAGCUUGCCUUCCAGGAGUGUUUUGAGGAUGAUUCUGCAGAACGCCUUCUUAUGCAUUCACUGGUGACCUACAACUUCAUUUCUCAUGUCAUUGUCCUCAAAAUGAUCACACCUAUGCAUGAAGCCGUCCAUCGUGCUUUCAGUGAAAUUUUCGGUACUUGGUAUCGGGGCCAGGAAGGUCGUCUUAUGCCUCAAGGAGGUGCAGGCAUCGAGGGCUUUACAAGAAAAAAAAGCCCCGACUCGAGUUGGAAUACGACAGUGCUCACGCCUGGGAGAAAUCGAAAAUGGCCCACAAUCAUCGUGGAAGCAGGAUGGACCGAGUCGAUGGGCAAGUUGAAGGAAGAUGUUCUGUUCUGGCUCCGUGAUUCCGAGCAACAGGUCAAGGUUGCUCUUACAAUGAACAUUACUCGCCGAGGAAGCAUCACUAUUCAGCAAUGGAGUUCCAUUCAAACGGCCCAUAAGGCAUCUGUCAAGCCUACCCAGACGAUGCGGAUCACAAGAAACAGAGAAGUCACAUCGAGUCAACACAAAAUCUCAGGCUCCCUACAUAUCAAAUUCGAAGACUGUUAUCUUCGAUCAAAAAGGAACAACGAAUCAGACUUCACUUUGUCAAGUGAGGACAUGUCGGAAAUAUCAACAGCUGUCUGGAUACACCUCCCUGAGUGA